AUCAAUAAAUAAAUUUAUUUAUAAAUAUGUGUGUGUAUUCAUAUGAAUUAAGUGCCAUUUGAAUAUAUCAAUUGCAUUCAACAGUGUACAUCAGAGCAUGAACAGGAAUCAUCUAUACCAGAUUGUAAUUCUUGGUUACUUUGUCACUGGAAUCUCAGCGAUAAUUCCAAAACCAUACGAAUAUAAUCAAACUUCACUGUUGUGUAACAUUGUUGAAACACUUGAAUUUAUUCAUGAGCAUCAUUCUUGUUUCAUUCUAAUGGAGGCGUUGAAACGAUUCACUCAACGUCUUACCCGCAUAUAUACACCAUUACAGCCUUCAGAUGACACCGUCGUUACAAGUUGUUUCGUCACCGCGUUGUCUAUCCAUAUAGAACAAUCAUGUGAUGAAAGGGAAAACAAACUUUGGCCAUCUGAUAUGAUGGAUGAGUCAUACUUGGUGAACAUAACUGAUGGGGUAAUAGAAAUAUCUUCCCAAGAGAUAUGGGGAACACUUCGAGCAUUAGAGACGAUUCUUCAACUAGUUUACAGAAGUGAACCAGAUUCGAAAGUCAUUUAUCAAGGUGUUGUCAAUGACGUACCGAUAUUUACACAUCGUGGAAUUAUGAUCGACACUGCUGGACAUUUUCUCAGUAUUUCUGAAAUCGAGAAGAUGAUAGAUGCAAUGUCCACGGUUAAAAUGAACACUCUUCAUUGGCAUGUGACAGAUGAUCAAUCCUUUCCAUUCUUCUUUUUCUCACUUCCUGAUCUACCGAGAUGGAACUCUUAUGAUGACAAAAUCGCGGUAUAUUUGCCGGAUGAAGUAACCGGAUUAUUGGAGUAUGCACGUUUAAGAGGUGUACGUGUGAUACCAGAAUUUGAAACUCCAGCUCAUACCAAAAUGUGGGCUGUAUUUACACUUCCAAUACUCACUGUCUGCUUUAAAGAUGGCAAACCAAGUUCUGAAUAUGGUCCAAUAAAUCCAACGGAUAAUGCUACAUACACGUACUUACGUCCAAUUUUCCAUGAAGUCCUCAGUGUAUUCCCUGAUAGUAUGAUACAUCUGGGCGGUAGAGAUGUGUCAUAUGAAUGUUGGCAGUCUAAUAUUUUCAUUCAAGAGUUUAUGAAUAAAACAGGAUACGGGGAUGACUACACAAAAUUGGAGAGUUAUUAUUUUCAGCGACUUAUGACGACUAUUCUAGGCGCAAAUUCAUCAGAAUGGACAGCAUCACCGAUUGUCUGGCAAGAUGUAUUCGAGAAUGGAUUUCGUGUAAGUUGUGAUUUUUUCUAA